AUGGCGGAGGUGCCCGCCGUCGUCGCCGCCGCUUCAAGCUGCGAGGUCGACCUCGGCAACCUCAUGGCGUACGACCCGUCGCACCACGUCGCCGCCGCCGCCGCCGCCGCCCCCUCCAGGGAGGAGGUGAGGCAGGAGUGUCUACGGAAGGGGACGGAGCUGGCGCAGGCGGUGGCCGACGCCCUCUUCGCGCUGCCUCCCAGCGUGGACCGCGACGGCCCCAUCGUCCACCUCCCGCCGCCCACCGUCCGACUCCCGCGCGAGAAGCAUCUACCCAAGCCCAAGCCACCGACCAAGUGGGAGCUUUUUGCAAAGGCGAAAGGAAUUACCAAUCGCAAGAAGAACAAGCGCGAGUGGGACGAACAAACUCAAUCCUGGAAGCGGACUUAUGGCUAUGACCGUGUUAAUGAUGACAAAGACAUUCCGAUCGUUGAAGCCAAAUUGACUGACGAGCCUGGUGUUGAUCCCUUUGCGCAAAGAAGGGAUGAGAAGAAGAAGAGGGUUGAAAAGCAAGAAAAAAACAGACUAGAGAACUUAAAGAAAGCUGCAAAGAUUGGCACUUUGCCAAGUCAUAUACAGCUUGCUGCAAAGGCCUUGCCCAUCACAGGAACUAAAGCUGACCUUCCAAAAAAGCCUAGAAAAGAGGAUCUUGAGAGUGUUGUUGGCAUGGCUUCAUCAGCAACAGCAAGCGGUGGGAAGUUCGACGAGAAGUUGCCUGGCGAGAAACCUCCAAAGCACCCUGGCAAACAUAGAAAGUUCCUCCCAGUUGCCGAGGGGAAGGGAAUGGGCAGCCUGGAGAAACAGCAGAAUGACAAAAUCCUGAACUCUCUACUUGCCAGAAAUUCUGAUGAACCGCUUGAUGUUGGCAAGGCAAUUACAAUGUACAAGGUGAAAAAGGAAAAGCAGAGAAGGAAAGAGAAAGAUAUGUCAUCGAAAUCUGAUAAGCUUAAGCCCCAGAAGAAACCCCACAAGAAGUCAUCGAAGAAAAAAGCUUAG